AUGGCUUUCCUCAUACUAGUGAUUGGUGACCUGCACAUACCGGAUCGCGCUCUAGACCUGCCGCCCAAGUUCAAAAAACUACUCGCCCCAGGCAAAAUAAGCCAGACCCUCUGCCUCGGCAACCUAACCGACAAAACCACCUACGAAUACCUCCGCUCCAUCACCCCCGACCUGAAAAUCGUCAAGGGCCGCUACGACGUCGAGGCCACCUCCCUACCCCUCACCCAGGUCGUCUCCCACGGCUCCCUCCGCAUCGGAUUCCUCGAGGGCUUCACCCUCGUCUCCAACGAACCCGACCUCCUCCUCGCCGAGGCGAACCGUCUCGACGUCGACGUCCUCUGCUGGGGCGGCACGCACAAGUUCGAUGCGUUUGAGUAUAUGGACAAGUUCUUUGUGAAUCCGGGAAGCGCGACGGGGGCUUUCACGACGGGGUGGAGUGAGGAGGGGGAGCCGACGCCGAGCUUUUGUUUGAUGGAUGUCCAAGGAAUUUCGUUGACUCUUUACGUCUACCAACUACGAAAAGACGAGGCGGGGAACGAAAACGUAGCCGUGGAAAAAGUCACAUAUACGAAGCCUGUUGAGCCAUCAGCAGGCGCGUGA